ACCGUCACCGCUUCCGGAGCGGGACGCGGCGAACAGGGUUUGCCGUGUUCCGUCUGCCUCUUGGUCUGUGUCUCCGAGGUGUGUGCCGCAAUGAGCUUCCUCAAAAGUUUCCCGCCGCCGGGGUCGACUGAGGGGCUUCGGCAGCAGCAACCCGAUACAGAGGCUGUGCUGAACGGGAAGGGCCUCGGAACCGGCACCCUUUACAUCGCGGAAAGCCGCCUGUCUUGGUUAGAUGGCUCUGGAUUAGGAUUCUCACUGGAAUACCCCACCAUUAGUUUGCAUGCAGUGUCCAGGGACCUAAAUGCCUAUCCACGGGAGCAUUUGUAUGUUAUGGUGAAUGCCAAAUUUGGAGAAGAUUCAAAAGAAUCUGUUGCUGAUGAAGAAGAGGAAGACAGUGAUGAUGAUGUUGAACCUAUUGCUGAAUUUAGAUUUGUGCCUAGUGAUAAAUCAGCCUUGGAGGCAAUGUUCACUGCAAUGUGUGAAUGCCAGGCUUUGCAUCCAGAUCCUGAGGAUGAAGAUUCAGAUGAUUAUGAUGAAGAAGAAUAUGAUGUAGAAGCACAUGAGCAAGGGCAGGGGGACAUCCCAACAUUUUAUACCUAUGAAGAAGGAUUAUCCCAUUUAACAGCCGAAGGCCAGGCCACAUUGGAGAGAUUAGAAGGAAUGCUGUCUCAGUCUGUUAGCAGCCAGUAUAACAUGGCUGGAGUCCGGACAGAAGAUUCAAUAAGAGAUUAUGAAGAUGGGAUGGAGGUAGAUACUACACCAACAGUUGCUGGACAGUUUGAGGAUGCAGAUGUUGAUCACUGAAAGUAACUUACUCUGCUUGGGGAUUCUGCUCAUAGCUGUAGGAGAGAACUUGGUACCUCUUCCACUGUGGCGUGGGUGUUAUUGAAAGUCUUUUUCCUUCUCCAAAAACUUAACUGAACCAGUUCUUUCUCAAGAGACUAUACUGAGACAAGCUGUCACCAGCAGAAGAAACUAUGACCUUUAUAACAAAGGUGAAUUAACUUAACCAAGAGGGUAUUUGUAGUUUACCCAAACUGUCUAGGUACCCUCUGAGUAGGCCUAUGAUUUCUGCCUUGGCUAUAUGCAUCUUCUGUAACCUAGCAGGCUUACCUGGUGAAAAUACACAGGUACAUGAAGGUGUAGGUAGACUGGAAGAAGAGAAAGAAAGGGGCUGAGUCUAAGAUAUACCCCUUUUGGGCCUAAGGAUACCCUUACUACUUAAAAAGAGAUGUCAGAAAAAUCCUGUCCUCUGUUCAUUCUCUAGUGAUAAGGGUCUUUUUACUAAUUUGGGAUCCAGGUUAAUUCAUUCAGGCAUUUAUAGGGAGCCUCUUCAGAAACACCCUUGCUAAUACACUAGUAGUAGUGCUUUCUGACCAACGUUUGCACCUUUCACCAUGUUUCAUCAGUCUAUUCCGUUAGAACCUCUUAGGUUCUAUCCUUUAUUCUAACCUCUUAGGUCAGUUUCUAUAACAGAACAAGUGAAAUUGGGACUCCAGAUGAUAAUUGUUUUGUCUUUGUAAUAGCUUAACAAAUAAAUCUAGGUUUUCUAUAUGA